GUGAAGGGAUGGUUUUUGGGAAAAGGAAAAGGAGUUGUGGAUCAGAUUGAAGAGUGCAGCCGAGAAGUGGGUAAAUGGGGGAAAGGUAGAUGUGGGAAUUAUGGAAAUCGCAUCGGGUUCUGCAGAAAGCGGCUGGAGUAUUUGAGGUUGAAAUCAGAUGAUUGGAGUGUGGCUGAGUUUGGUAGGGUCAAGGAGGAAUAUUUAGGGCUCCUGGCAAAAGAGAAUCAAUUUUGGAGGCAAAGGGCGAAAGAAUUUUGGUAUAAGGAUGGGGACCUUAACACUCGAUUUUUCCAUAACGCAGUCAAGGGGAGGAGGAGGAAGAAUAGGGUGGAGGGUUUCAAGAUGGAAGGGGGGAGGUGGGAGCGGGACAGAGAGGCGUUGGGGAGGAUGGUGGAAGAUUACUUUAUUAAUGUGUUUUCUUCUGUGCAGGGUGACCGUGAUUAUGUCCUCAGAUGUGUUUCUAGAAAGAUUGAGGAUCAUCAUAAUUUGGAGCUUUUGAGAACAAUUCGGGCUGAAGAAGUCAAGGAGGCAGUAUUUUCUAUGUAUCCAGAUAAGUCGCCAGGGCCGGAUGGCAUGAGCCCAGGAUUCUUUCAACACUUCUGGGAUGUGAUUGGACCGGAUGUGGUGGACUACUGCAGAACUGCCUUUGAAUCAGGAAGGCUACCCGAUAAGGCCUCACAAGCUGAAGCUUUGACCAUACGGGGGAUUUUACAAGCAUAUGAAUCAGCCUCGGGUCAAAUGAUAAAUUUCAAUAAAUCUAAAUUCUUUUUUAGUGCCAAUGUGACAGACUAUGUUAAGAAGGAGCUGACUGAUUUGCUGCAAGUUGGAUAUGCCGGGGAGGAGGAGAGGUACUUGGGCUUACCGGCGUUGUUUGGGAAAGGUAAAAGGGAGAUCCUUGGGUAUUUGAGGAAUCGAGUAAUUAAAAAACUCCAGAACUGGAAUAAUAGAUUUCUUUCGAAGGCUGGGAGGGAGAUUCUUUUGAAAACAGUUAUUCAGGCCAUGCCGACUUACGCAAUGAAUGUUUUCCUUUUACCCGUUGACCUCUGUCGAGAAAUUGAAGUAAUAAUGAAUGGGUAUUGGUGGAAUGGUCAUGCUGGGAAAGGGAUUCGCUGGAGGAGCUGGGAUUUUCUGUGUAGACCAAAAACAGUAGGGGGGAUGGGGUUCAGGAAGGUCAGGGAGUUUAAUUUGGCUAUGUUAGCUAAACAGGCUUGGAAGCUCUUAACAGAAACAGAAACUUUGGCUGCAAGGGUUUUUCGUGCAAGGUAUUAUCCAGGCGGUUCUUAUCUAACGGCAAAAAUUGGGAAUAACCCCUCAUUCAUCUGGAGAAGUCUGGUUGAGGUGCAGAAAAUUACAGGGGAAGGAGUUAGAUGGCGGGUUGGGGAUGGGAGCUCCAUUAACAUCUGGAGAGAUCCCUGGUUGCCUGAUAAGGAUAAUCCUAGGGUCUCAUCGGAGUGUUUUCAUGGUCUAGAGGGAGCUUCAGUUGCUGGUCUUUUCAAACCUUUAAGGGCAGGUUGGGAUGAGGAUAUAUUGGUGGAUCUCUUCAAUGCUAGAGAUCGUGAACUUAUAAAAAGAAUCCCAGUGAGUAACAGGUCGGUGACAGAUCGCUUGGUCUGGGCGGGGGAGCAAAACGGCAGCUUCACGGUGAAGAGUUGCUAUAGGAGGAUUACAGGGGAUAUUUUUCCGGUUGGUUGGGUGGGAUGGACGGCCAUGUGGCGAUUUAAUUUACCUCCUAAAAUGAAAUCCUUUUUUUGGCAGGUAUGUACCGGUUGUCUCCCUACAACGGAGAAUCUAAGACGAAGGGGUGUGGCUUGUGAGAUCAAAUGUGGACUCUGUGGCCAGGAUGGAGAUGAAUCCUUGCUUCACCUAUUUGUAAAGUGCCAAGUUGCUAGAGAAGCAUGGGGGACAGUUCGUUGGCUGGAGGUGGGCCAAUUAGCUCAUGACUUUUUGGAAUGGCUUGAAUUGAAUUUUAAGGUGCUAAAGAAAGAAGACAUUGCUGGGAUUAUCUCUGGCUGUUGGGGGCUGUGGGGAGAACGAAAUCAAAGAGUGUGGAAAAUGAGGAAUCUCAGUGGGUUGCAGGUGAUGUUAAAGACCAGGUCAUAUGUUGACAGUUGGGUUAAAGUGCAGCAACCAACAUCACUUUUAAGGAGUAAACUCACCGCUAGCGCAAUUCACUGGCAGCGACCUGGUGCAGGGAGGCGGAAGGUUAAUGUCGAUGCCUCAACCGGGGGAGAGAGAUGCGGGUUCGGAUGGGUUGUAAGAGAUAGCUAUGGAAUAUUUUUGGCAGGUGGAUGUACUUCAGGGUCCGGUAAGUUUACCCCUCUCGAAGCUGAACUUAUGGGUGUGAGGGAAGCUCUCAGUUGGCUUAAGGCUCAACAAUGGGAUUUUAUUGAUGUGGAAUCUGAUUCUCUUCUAGCUAUUCAAGAAAUUCAAAGGGGUUCAAGUUUAUCUUAUUCUGGAAUUUUAGCCGAGGAUAUACGAGAUUUGAUGACUAACUUUGUUAGUAUUAUUUUUUCUCAUGUUCGACGAUCAGCGAACCGAGCAGCUCAUGCGUUGGCUAAGGCAGCGGGUUCUUUGUCUGAUAGUCAUGUUUGGUUUUUUACUUCCCCUCCUUUUGU